GCCAGAUCUAUACAUCUACAGUGACGACAUCCGAAACACAACUCCGAAUUAUACCACAUACUAAUGACAUCAAAAGGGUUAAUUGUUACGGGGCUCUUGUUUGGCUUCCUCGAGUGUGUCCUCUCACAAAGCCUCAAAGUGUCCUUGCCUGGCGGUCUGAGCGAGAAAAUCCAAGGCGUGGCCCUUGGAGGUUGGCUUGUAUUAGAGCCAUACAUCACACCAUCAUUGUUCACUGUUUUUGAGAAUGCGACAGCCACAAACACCACGGAAAACGUCCCCGUCGACGAAUACACGUACUGCCAGGUGCUAGGGAAAGACGAAUGUGCUAGCAGGCUCGAAACCCAUUGGUCCACCUUCUACAACGAGACUGACUUCCAGCAGAUCAAGCAGAUGGGGUUGAACUUGGUGAGAAUUCCGGUGGGAUACUGGGCCUUUGCCUUGUUAAGCGGCGACCCGUACGUCCAGGGACAGGAGAAGUACUUGGACCAAGCGAUUGAGUGGUCCCGACAGAACGACUUGAAGGUGUGGAUUGACUUGCACGGCGUUCCGGGGUCUCAAAAUGGGUUUGAUAACUCUGGAAAGAGAGGCGGUGUUGACUGGUUGAAGAACCGCACAUAUAUCAGCACCACCUACGGGGUCUUGGACUAUAUCUUUGGGAAGUACGGCCAGGCCAAUUACAGCGACACGAUCGUUGGGAUUGAACUUGUGAACGAGCCACUUGGACCCCUGUUGAACAUGACAGAGGUAGAGAACAUCUACUACAACAGCUACCAAUCGGCAAAGGCAAAAUACCAUGUCCAGGACACCAUUGUGCUUCAAGAUGCCUUCCAGUGGAUCGGGUACUGGGAUUCGUUCCUAAGCAACGAGACCAGCCCUGCCGUCAUGAUUGAUCACCACCACUAUGAGGUUUUUACUGUCGAUCAGUUGAAGGCUUCCAUCGGCGUGCAUGUUUCUAACAUCAACAGCUUUGGCAAUUCUAUCGUCCAGCACUUGGCGAAUCAUUCGGCUGUGGUGGGGGAAUGGUCUGCGGCCUUGACUGAUUGCGUGAGAUGGCUCAAUGGUGUGAACAUGGGCGCUCGCUACGACGGCACGUUUCAGAAUGAUGAGGUUAUCGGGACAUGCGACAACAUCACAGACUGGAAGAAAUGGACCAAGGACCAGAAGAGGCAUACGCGAGAAUUUGUCGAGGUUCAGCUCGACGCUUACAAUCAAACCUCUGGCUGGAUCUUCUGGUGCUGGAAGACAGAGGACACCAUUGAGUGGGACUUUAAGCGGUUGGUAGCGUUAGAUUUGAUGCCACAACCGCUCAGCGCCAGAAAGUACACCAUGGAUGGGGUGAUUUCCGGUGGUCUUAAAUUGGGUUUGGGUUGGAAAGUCUAUUGUUUCAUGGGAUUGUUACUCGGUUUAACAAUUGGGUUUUAGUCAGAAUAGCAUCAAGUUUGUUUGUUGCCUUUCGAAACCUCAAAUCGAAUAAACGUUUAUAUAAAAAUUAUUUGCAUCAUAGUUGAGAUGUUAAAUUAAAAUAUUAAUUAUUAUAUGGAAU